AUGGGGGUCAUCCGCACUAUCGCGCUGACUGUUCUGAGUAUCUCCGUGUUUGUUUUUAUUGCACUUUUUGGUCGACUGCCAGCAUUCAGGAAAACGCCGAUCGCCUUUUUGCACCGAAUCGUGUGGCUACAUAUUCCCAACGGGGUUGCCUUUCUUGAUUCCCGCCUAUUUGAUGGCCGUAUUGUACGAGCAUGGACCCAGUCAGGUAGCUAUAUGUGGAAUGAAAAUCACCCAGUGAUCCUGAUCUUUUUUGUGGGCCUUCUCGCCAUAGGGGAAAUUGUCUUCCUUCCGCCGGCAUGGCCUCGCAUGUCGGGUGCUCAUAAACUGUGGGUUCCCAUGGUUGUCGUUGUUCCUUAUGUACUGCUGUACAAAUGUGUGACGACCAAGUCAUUCGUCACACUCGACAAUCAUGAUCAAGAGAUGAAGCGGUAUCCAUUUGAUCGAGUGCUCUUCCAUCCGGGGCAUCGUUGUCGCACUUGUGAUUUGCCUAAACCGCCGCGCAGCAAGCAUUGCAAUAUAUGCAAGGGCUGUGUUUCUCGACAUGACCACCACUGUGUCUGGUUGAUGAAUUGCGUCGGGGCCAACAACUACGUCUAUUUUAUGUCGCUUCUACUAUCCUUGACAGUGUUGUUGGUGUAUGGAACCUUUCUUGGUUAUCAACUACUAAGCCAGACUCUUGAGACACGGGUGACAGCGGAGGGAAAAGCAGCCAUGCAAGCCUGGACGAUGUACUUUCAUAUUUGGGCAUUUGUAAUCACCGCCGACUACAAGAUUGGCACUGUCACGUUAUUGAUGCUAAUGACGGCACCGCUGGCCGCUGCCUUCUUGAUCUAUCAUAGCUACCUGGUUUGGGCGGGUACCACAACCAAUGAAAGUGCCAAAUGGUCGGAUUUAAAAGACGACGUCGAGGAUGGAUUUGUGUUCAAAGCCAAAAGAAGCCAAAUCGAGAAUGCACCGCCCUACACGGAUUUGGGCGAUGAGCCUUGGCCCAUACAAAGUGACCAGAUUUUGGUCACGGAUGACGAUCCACCAAUGGAAGGUUACAUGCUGGCGGCGGAUUCAAACCGUGUCUAUUAUAACAAGGGUGGAGAGGUACCUAUUGAUGCACAGUGGAGACCAGUCCUAAACAUGAACGAUGUGGAUAACAUCUAUGACAUUGGAUUUUGGGGUAAUUUCAAGGACGCUAUGGGGAUGUCGGUGCGGCGGAAGACUUCAAGUAUUUAG